CUGGGUGCUCAAAUUUGUAGAGUUGGAUGGGGCGCAACACUCUAUAAAUAGCUAAAUUGGGGCUCAUCAUGAUCAGUCUGCAGAAAACUUGCUUUCACCAAACAUUACCCCUCAAUUUAUUUUUUUGUGUGAGGAGGAUACAGCAUAAUGAAAGUCCUUAUCGUAGUUUCCGCGCUAGUCAUUGCCUGCUAUGCGCAACGUCUCCAGGAGGAACAAUAUGAGAAGGAGUUUCAGCAGCGAAACCAGCUUAAAGAGACCACCACCUGGAUUCCAAUUCUGAAGUACAACAAGGAGCAAAGUCAAGAUGGAAGUUACAAAACCGAGUAUGAGACUGGAAAUAACAUUGUCCACGAGGAAACCGGAUUCUUAAAGGACUUCUCUGAAACCCACCCUAACGGAGUGCUAGUUCAACAUGGCCAGUAUUCUUACCAGGCUCCCGAUGGUCAAACAGUGAACGUACAAUACACAGCUGAUGAGAAUGGAUUCCACGCAGUUGGCGAGCACAUCCCAACCCCACCACCAAUUCCAGAUGAAAUCCAAAAGGGUCUUGAUCAAAUCUAUGCUGGAAUUAAGCAACAAGAAGAGGAAUCAGCCCACAGGGCGAAAUCUGAUCCUGAAUACGCGAAAAAGCUUGAAGCCCGUCAACAAGCUAACGCCAAAGGACUUUACUAUCAUGAGGAAUAAUUAGGUCGAUCAGUGACUCUUUAGGAAAAUUUAACAAAAAUUCAAGUAGAUAUUUUACUCACCGUUUGUUUUUGUUGUGUGUGUAAAAUAAUUUUUCACAAAUUUUUGUAAUAUGUUUAUCACUUUACGUUUUACUUGGGGAGCUUGCAAAGACUGUGAUUUCCUUUAAGAUACUCAGCUCAUGCCAUUGUCAAUAUGUCUCAAAUCACCAGAUCAGUGGGACGCGUACUAAAAAUAUAUCUAUAUUUUGUAACAUAUUUAAAAGAUCAAAGGACAAACACGUUAAAUAAAUACGUAGAAUAAUA